AUGUACGAAACACUAAUCAAUUUUCUAUUUCAAAAUGCCGAUCAGCAAGAUCGAGCGACUCGUUUGUUGAUGUCCGGAAUCAUAGAAUAUUUAGAAGACUCGAACAACAGUGUGAUUAAUAUGGAAAAAUACGAGGAUGAGCUUGAAUGCAAUUAUCCCGGAUUGCGAGUGUGCCAUUUGAUGAUUCGAGUUCAGCCGAAAAUCCGCAAUUUUCGAGCCGUUUUCCAGCAAAUCAUUCCAUCGGUUCUGCGAAAUACGAGCCGAGUUUUUCACGAAAUCUCAUUCAUCAACAAACUUGGCGAGUUUCUUCAACCGUUUGGUUCCGAUAUUGUUUGGAAGUCGAUCGAAGUCGAUUUUGCGAACAAACUCAUCUGUUUAAGUGAACAUUUCACCAAAAAUGUUCGAUGCGUUUCUCAGACGCGAAACGAUGUGACAUCCGGCUCUCGGUCGCCAUUCGGCUCACCAACUCGAACAACAAGCAGCUUUGCGAGCAGCGGAACGCGUUCCGCUGAUGAUUCGGCAGUAUCUUCAAGCGACUAUCCAACAAGCGAUUCGAAAUACAGUACUGAUCGUUCUUAUCGUUCGAAUCAUUCGGAUCGUUCCGAUCGUUCGGAUCGUUCCGUUCGCUCAUCGCGACACCGAGUUCGUUCGAAUCCGAUCCGUCGAUUUGCGCCCCACAAAACUAGCAGUAAAAAGGUUGAAAACAUUUGUAAGGUGACAGAUAAAAUCCUUUCCAAUCAAGUCAAAGAAUUUCUUAAAAGCUAUGCUGAAGAUGAGGAAUUCGAAGCAUUUACAAUGGUUUUGGAUGACAUUCCAUUCAUUUCAAUUUCUUUGCUGAAUGCUGACAAACCUCUUCGUGAUAAAUUCUUCAAAAUGCCACCACCAACACCAAUGAAACCAUCAACUAGAUCAACUAGAAAUUCUUACAGAUCGUCGAGAUCGAAGAGCCUUGAUCGAAGUCUGAGUGAUCAAGCCUCGGAAGUUUUCGUGUGUGACACAUUCUUUCUCGGAGAUAUGUCCGUUGCUCUUCCAGCUCUGCUUAAUGAUGAUCGUGGUCUGAAAAUGUCGAAGAGUCAAACUUUGCCGGUUCAGAUCUUCUCGAUCGUUCAAUUCCGUUGUGGUAGAGUUGCUCCAAUACCACUACCUUCAGUUUAUAUACAUAUAUAA